CCGGAAGCUGCCGAGCGAGUCCGGAAGUUGCCGAAAGAGAGCAGCGGGGAAGGAGGAUGGCGGAUAUCAUCGCAAGACUCCGGGAGGACGGGAUCCAAAAGCGUGUGAUAGAGGAGGGCCGAGGAGAGCUCCCUGACUUUCAGGAUGGAACUAAGGCCACGUUCCACUACCGGACUCUGCGCAGUGACGAGGAGGGCACCGUGCUGGACGACAGCCGGGUGCGUGGCAAGCCCAUGGAGCUCAUCAUCGGCAAGAAGUUCAAGCUGCCCGUGUGGGAGACCAUUGUGUGCACCAUGCGGGAGGGCGAGAUCUCCCAGUUCUGCUGCGACAUCAAGCAUGUGGUCCUGUAUCCGCUGGUGGCCAAGAGUCUACGCAACAUUGCAGCUGGCAAAGACCCCCUGGAGGGCCAGCGGCACUGCUGCGGCAUCGCCCAGAUGCACGAGCACAAUUCCCUGGGCCACGCCGAUCUGGACGCCCUGCAGCAGAACCCCCAGCCUCUCAUCUUCGACAUCGAGAUGCUUAAGGUGGAGAAUCCUGGCACGUACCAGCAGGACCCAUGGGCGAUGACGGAUGAGGAGAAGGCAAAGGCAGUGCCGGUCAUACACCAGGAGGGCAACCAGUUGUACCGCGAGGGCCGCGUGAAGGAGGCUGCUGCCAAGUACUACGACGCCAUCGCCUGCCUCAAGAACCUUCAAAUGAAGGAACAGCCUGGGUCCCCUGACUGGAUCCAGCUGGAUUUGCAGAUCACACCUCUGCUGCUCAACUACUGUCAGUGCAAGCUGGCGGCCCAAGAGUAUUACGAAGUGCUGGACCACUGCUCCUCCAUCCUCAAUAAGUAUGAUGACAACGUCAAGGCCUACUUCAAGCGGGGCAAGGCGCACGCGGCAGUGUGGAAUGCCCAGGAGGCCCAGGCUGACUUUGCCAAGGUGCUGGAGCUGGAUCCCGCCCUGGCGCCCGUCGUGAGCCGCGAGCUGCGGGCCCUCGAGGCAAGAAUCCGGCAGAAGGACGAGGAGGACAGGGCCCGCUUCCGGGGCAUCUUCUCCCACUGACAGGGCCUUGCUGGCCCAGCCCCCCUGCCCAGCUCACUGCUGCUGCUAGCAGUCCCCCCCGCCCCCACUGUAUCAUGCUUCUCUGUAUAUAAAGGCCUUAUUUAUCUCUC